AAAGUCACACGUACAUUCAAUUAUGAUUACGGACGUGUAGUGUUGAUGUAGCGAUGGAGGUGGAGCUUGGUUGCUAUGGCGGAAAUUUUUGAGAUGUGGAGGAUAUAUUGGGUAAUUCAAUUAUUUUGCAGAUAUUUUUGUGAGGAGGAGAAUCAUCCAUGGCUGUAGAAUUGGUGGUUGGACCUGUUAUCUCUGCUUCAGUUGAGUUUCUCCUGAAGAAGAUCACUUCUUCUGAAGUGACAAGCUUCUUAAGGGGAAAGAAAGAUUCUGGUUUUGAUAGUCUUCUUGAGAAGCUCAAGACAAUGUUUCUCUCUCUUGCUGAGGUACUUGGUGAUGCAGAUCAGAAACAGAUGAGAAACCCUAGAGUGGAGGAGUGGCUGGAAAAGCUUCAAGAUGCUGUGGAAGAUGCUGAGGAUCUCUUUGAUGAAAUUGAAUAUGAUGCUCUCAAACUCAAGGUGGAUGAACAGUAUAAAACCAAAGUAAGAAAGUUCUUAUCUAAUUUCAACUUAAUUGAUAGAGAUAGGAAGAUUGGUAUGGAGAAGAUUCUUGAGAGGUUGGAGAAUUUUGAGAAACAAAAGUACAUCCUUAAUUUGCAAAAGAGUGUUGAGAAAAUCCAAUCAAAGAGACCACCUUCAGUAUCAUCCAUAGAUGAUUAUGAAUUUUAUGGUAGAGAUGAUGAAAAGAAAAAUUUGAAAGAAAUUUUGAUGUUUGAUGAGGUGGGUAGUGAAAAGAUUUGUGUGAUUCCAAUUGUGGGUUUGGGUGGGAUUGGUAAAACUGCUCUUGCUCAAGCUGUUUAUAAUGAUGAUGAAGUUAAGAAACAUUUUGAACUCAAGGCAUGGGUUUGUGUUUCGGAUGAGUUUGAUGUUUGUAAAGUAACGAAAACUGUUCUUGAAGCAGUGACUAGAGAUGCUUGUACUGUUGAGAAUUUGAAUGUGAUGCAAGAGAGGAUACAAGAAAGGUUGAAGGAAAAGAAGUUCUUGGUAAUUUUGGAUGAUGUUUGGUGUGAACAAUAUGAUUUUUGGGAUACAAUGAGGAUGAUUUUCAAAGUUGGAGCUCAAGGUAGCAAAAUAAUCGUCACAACAAGAAGUCGUAAAGUUGCAUCUGUGAUUGGAACAACUGAAGUUCGUCAUCUUAAUGAGUUGAAUGAAGUAGCAUGCUUGAAGUUGUUUGUAAAAGUUGUAUCUCGCAAUGAAGAAUUUAGUAUGGAUUCAGAGUUGGAAAAAAUUGGCAAAGAAAUUGUUAAGAAAUGCAAAGGCUUACCGUUAGCUGUGAAAGCGCUUGCGAGUCUGUUGUGUUUUACGGAUGUUAAGCAAUGGGAGAGAAUUGCCAAGAGUGAUAUAUUGGAUUUGCCAAUUGGAGGAGAAAAUAUUCUUCCAGCUUUGAGGUUAAGUUAUUAUUAUCUUCCUUUAUACUUAAAGCGUUGCUUUGUUUAUUGUUCUAUGUUUCCCAAAGGUUAUGCAUUUACAAAGGAUGAGUUGGUCUCGUUGUGGAUGGUAGAUAAUUUAUUGGAGUACUCGAGUACAAGAGAAGAGGUAGGAUGUGAGUAUUUUAAAGAUUUAGUGUCAAGAUCAUUUUUUCAACCUUUGGAUCAUAAAAAAGAUCAUUUUGUGAUGCAUGAUCUUAUGGUUGAUUUAGCUAAUGUUGUCUCUAGAAAAAAGUUUAUUCACUUAGAGAUAAACAAGUCGUACGAAAUUGAAUUGAUAAAGCGAACACGACACAUUGCCAUAGAUGGGCAUAAAGAUUUCCAUGAGAUAUUCAAGUCAGUUUCUAAACCAAUUCCUUUGCGUACAUUUCUGCCUAUUGUCUCAUUGUUAUACGAAGCGAGCAAAUUGCAGCAAUUCGUGUUGGAAGAUUUGUUGAAGUUGAAGCGUUUGAGAUUUUUAUCUCUAAAGGGAUAUAUACAUGUCAGUGAAUUGCCUAAGUCAGUAGGUGAAUUAAAGCACCUUCGCUACGUGGAUGUCUCGUACACUUCAAUCAAAGAGUUGCCCAAAUCUUUUUCCAAUCUGUUCAAUUUACAGACAUUAAAGUUACUUGGCUGCAAGGAUCUCACCAAGCUCCCCAAAAAUUUCCAUCAUCUCAUUAGUUUGAGAUAUCUUGACAUCAACUGUCCUAGGCUUUGUAGUUUGCCACCACUUGGGCAGUUACCUGCUCUUGAAACUCUUUGGAUUGAACACUGUGAUGCAAUGGGGACUGUAGGUCUUGAGUUUUAUGGGACAACUUCUACACCAUUUCCAUCAUUGGAAAUCUUGGAAUUGAGAGGAAUGUCAAAGUGGAAGGAAUGGUCAAUGCCAAAAGAAAAUGUUCAAGCUUUCCCAAAGCUAAAAUCACUUGUAAUAAGCAUGUGUCAAAGCCUCACGGGAGAUUUGCCUUACCUCUUACCGUCGUUAAUAGAGCUUGAUAUUUUUAAAUGCCCAGAGCUUGUUUCUUCGCUUCCAAUGAUGCCGAAUGUCAGUAAAGUGAAAAUCGACAUGUGUGAGAAGCUUGCAGGAUUCAAAUCAUGCUAUGGUCUUCAAAAUUUUGAUAAAAGGUGUGUUCCUACCAACUUGAGAAGCCUAUUUAUCAGAGAUUGUGACAACAUAGAAUUUUUACCACCCUACAAAUAUGAAUCCCUCCAACAACUUUCAAUUGAAAAUUUUUCCAGCUCCUUCGAAUUGCUUCAUAUAGAUUCCUUUCCCAACAUCAAGAAGGUUGAAAUUGAGAACUGUGAAAAUGUGGAGUCUUUCUCACAAUUUCAUAGCCCUGUAACUUCUCUAUCAACUCUCUCUAUCUAUGGCUGCCCCAACUUCACAUUAUUACCUGAUAGCAACCUCCAUUGUCCAAUUCUGACUCAAUUGGAGCUCUCAGAUUGCAGCAAAUUAAGGUUUCUCCCUGAGAAACUGUCCACUCUCCUCCCUUCUCUACAAGAACUAGUUAUCUAUGAUUGUCCAGAGUUAGAGUCUCUUCCGAGAUUAGGGUUGCCUCUUAGUUUGCGUGAGCUCACCGUUAAACACUGUGACAAGGUGAUUGCAUCUCGAAAGAAUUGGAAUUUGCAAGCACUUCCCAAUCUGAUAAGCUUUGAUUUUGGAUGGUAUAAAGGUGAAGAUAUGGUGUCCUUUCUAGAGCAAGGAUUGCUGCCCACAAGUCUUAACUUCCUUAAAAUUGACGGUGUUGCUUGUCUUGAAACCUUAGACGACAAAGGGUUUCAAGAGCUCACAUCCUUGAAAGAACUGCACAUCUAUGGCUCCCCCAACUUGCAGGAACUUCCAGUAAAAGGGCUGCCGCCCUCUUUUGAAAGUUCAUUGCCACCUUCUUUUGAAAGUUUUAUCAUAUGUGGUUGCUCUUUGUUGGAAGCAAAGUAUGAAUGGAAGGAAGAAGAGUACUACAAGAAGAUUUGUUGCAUCCCUCAGCAGUCAGCCUCAAGUUCAUAUUAGAUGGAAUGGACUCUAGCGAGAUGUACAAGAACACAAGUUCAAUUUAAAAGUUGAGCAAUGAAACGACAUGUCGUCUACAAUAUCUUCUGCUUGGCAAAUUGCAUCUUGUCCAGUACUUAAGUUGGGCAAGUUUAUACAGAAACUCAUAAUCGUCCGAACCCAACAUUAGCCUAAUGUGAAACGCCUCUAGACGCAAACAGGCCAUAUCUUAAGGCUCCUCAAACUUUGUUUCUGUGAUUUUUGUUGGAGAACAGAAUUAAUAGCUAAAGAUGAAGAGUUUUGAUAUACACUCUGUAUUGGUUUUUGAGUAAGUAUUGCUUUACUCUUUGGACCAAGCAGUACAAGUUUUUGCUUGGCAUUGAUUUUUAGUAUAUUACUAGUGGCUGUUGCAGUGUUGCUUGCUU